GCCCCUCCCUGCCCUUCUGCCCGCGCUCGCGCGUGCGCGCCUGUGACCUGUCCGGUUCGAGGAGGAGAGAGAACGAGAGCUUCGGGAAGCGGGCGUCGCUGAGGGAAGGGGGCGUCGAGGGAGAGAGGGGAGAGCUGAGGAGAGGGAACCUCGAGGGGAAGUAGAGCUGGGGGGCCAGUCAUCCACAGAAAGAGAGAGAGCGUUAAGGGGGCACAUCCAGGAAAACAAAGAGAGGGCUGAUCUGAGGCGUCUAGGUCGAGAAAGAGAGCUUAGGGGGACUAUCCAGCAGGAGAGAGCGAGAUUAGAAGAGAGGCACCUUUGGAGGGAGAGAGAGAUAAGGGGAAUCAUCCAGGAAAGAGAGAGAACUCUGGUGAGGUACCCACUGAGGGACAGAGAAAGCGUUGUAACCCACCCAAUCCAAGACUGGGGGUUGAGGGAGAGAGUAGAACCGAGGUACCCUAGAACAGACAGGGAGGAGAGGAACUUGGUCCAGGAAGAGAGACCCAGAGAGGUUAAUUUACUCCCAGAAGAGAGGGAGCUCCUCGAGGAGAGGUUACCCUUUAGAGAGAGCAGUUUUAGGGGGAUCUUCCACCAAGAAAGAGAGACAGUCAACGACAGGUUUCUCAGCCCUAGGGAGAGGGAGGGAACCUUCAGGAGGCAAUCCUGGAGGGAUAGGGAGAGAGAGCCCAGGGGGAGCGAUCUAAGGGAGAGAGAGUCCAGGGGGAGCGACUUGAGGGAGAGAGAGUCCAGGGGGAGCGACCUGAGGGAGAGAGAGUCCAGGGGGAGCGUUCUGAGGGAGAGAGAGCCCAGAGGGAGCGACCUGAGGGAGAGAGAGUCCAGGGGGAGCGUUCUGAGGGAGAGAGAGUCCAGGGGGAGCGACCUCAGGGAGAGAGAGUCCAGAGGGAGCGACCUCAGGGAGAGAGAGCCCAGAGGGAGCGACCUGAGGGAGAGAGAGUCCAGGGGGAGCGACCUGAGGGAGAGAGAGUCCAGGGGGAGCGACCUGAGGGAGAGAGAGACCAGGGGGAGCGACCUCAGGGAGAGAGAGCCCAGAGGGAGCGACCUGAGGGAGAGAGAGUCCAGGGGGAGCGACCUGAGGGAGAGAGAGCCUAGGGAGAGCGACCUGAGGGAGAGAGAACCAAUCUAUAGUUUGUUAGCCAGAGAUCUGUGGGAGAUUGACGAGGAGUCAACUGAGACAGACAGACGUCCCUGGAGGAUAGAAGAGAGAGAGAGGGGACUGAGAGGGGACAUUCAGAGGGAGUUACUGAGAAGUGAAGAGAGGCAGAGAGAGAGAGAGAGAACGCUGAGGAGCAGCAUCCUGCGGGACACAGCAAGAGCUGAAAGAAGGACUAUAAGAAGGGAGAGAGAGCUGAGAGGGGCCAUCCAGAGUGAUCUAUCAAGAACUGAGAGGAGGUUUCUGACAAGGGAGAGAGAGCUGAGGGGAAAUAUCCAGUUAGAGAGAGAGAGGGGGGGGGAUGUGUUUCUAGAUAGGAAAAGAAGGAGGGAGCUUCAGGAGGACCCUGAAAGGACCACUCUUCCACCAGUGCGUCGCCCCAGAGGGCCUGAGAGAUAGAGCAGAAGGGAGCCCCUCCCCAGAGACAGAGAGCAGGACUCUCCAGGAACCUAGAGAGGGGAUUAGGGUAGAAAGUGUGUUCUAAAAGGGGCUUCCCAAAAGAUAGAGAGGGUUUUGAAAGGCAUCAGUCAGAAGAGUGGAGAGAGUCUUCGGGUGUACUUCCAGGAACAGCGCUCUCAGGAGAACUUUCAGAGAGAGUGCCAUCUCCCUGACCUGGCUUGAGACAAAUAGUCUUGAGGAAUUCAUAUAGGUAAAGACAGGGAGUGCCAGACUCAGAGAGAGAGAACUCAACUUGGGGGCAGAGAAGAGAGCACCCUGAAAAAAAAAAAAAAAGAGGCGAAUCACCCUACAGGGGAAAAGAUAGUGCAGAAAAGAGGAGUAAACCGAAAUUUUAGGGAAGAUCCCAGGAGAAGACAGAGUAGAGAGCCCAGGGCAAAAACUCCCCGGGGGGGAAGUAAAGGAUUUAAGAAAACAGGAGAUGAGAAAGCCUGAGAGAAGAAAGUUUUAGAAACAAAGGAAAGUGUAGAAGAGACAUCUGAGAAAAAGAUAAUUAUUAAGACAAAAAGUUAAAAAGGAAAGCUUCCAUUAAGAUAGGAGAAAGGGGAAAAACAGCUAAGAAAAAAGGUAUUGACAACUCGGCAGCUCACCUCCCCCAUACUCCAUUCCCUGAGCAAUUAAGAGGAAAACAAAAUCUAUUCCCUUCCUGGCUCCUAACACAGGAAAAAAACAAAAAACAAAAACCUACUUGUGCCUUGCCCUCAGUCUGGGCAAAAGGCCUAAUUUCCCAGUCCUAAGGCUUUACUUCCAAUCUUCCAGUUUGGGGUUCCUGGAUUGGACAGGGCACAGGCCCUGCUUCCUUUUUCAAAACCCUCUCUCCUAAUCCUCUCGAGUCAUCAUGUCUACCAGCAAUUAUAGCUUCAAGAACCGGUGUGUAUCUAUCCUGUGCUGCAAAUUCUGUAAGCAAGUGCUCAGCUCUAGGGGGAUGAAGGCUGUCUUGCUGGCAGACACUGAGAUAGACCUUUAUUCUACAGACAUUCCUCCAACCAAUGCUGUGGACUUCAUUGGAACCUGUUAUUUUACUGAAAUCUGCCAAUGCAAACUGAAGGACAUCGCCUGUUUAAAAUGUGGGAACAUUGUAGGUUAUCAUGUGAUUGUUCCAUGCAAACCCUGCCUUCUUUCCUGCAACAACGGGCAUUUCUGGAUGUUUCAUAGUCAGGCAGUUUUUGGUAUCAACCGGUUAGAUUCCACUGGUGUAAAUCUACUACUUUGGGGCAACUUGCCAGAGGCAGAAGAAAAUACAGAUGAAGACACAUUAGAUAUUUCUGAGGAGGAAUGUAUUAGAUGAAUGGAAAUUGUGAUAUGUACAAUGUAUUAGAACUCUCUUUUCCCUAUUUAAAUAUAUAUGACAUUUAUAUAUAUGAACUUAAAAACUGUAAAUAAACAGACCAAAGGAUUUAUUGACA